AUUUCUAUAUUGAGUAUACUAUGUUUAGGCUACAAAUUACCAUAUUCGGGACACAGAUUCAUACAAUGAGUCCACAAAAAUACCAGAUUAAUAUAAUGAGGCCACAAACUAAUAUGUUGAGUCAGCAAUAUACUAUUGAAGCCAUGAAUUCAUAUAUUGAGGCCACAGUUUACUAUACUGAGCACACAAAUUACUAAAUAAAGGCCACGAGUUAUUGCCUCAAUAUAUUAAUUCGUGGCCACCAUAUGUCUCCUCUGGGGCUCCGUCCUGCGUCCAAUCGCCGAAGGUUUCUCACGUUUCCGUGUGACGUCGCUUGCUGCGCUCUGCGCCUGCGCGAACAGCCACAGUCGUGUAAAGGGGCUCUGACUCUCUGGCAGGCAGAGCGAUUCUGACUCUGACUCGGAUUCGGAGGCAGAGCUCGACAGUGAAAGGUUUGUGAAGGUCCGAGCCUACAGAACCAGCAUGUAGACGCGGCUGUACUGCUAUUAAUGGUGUUUGUUUUCCCGUAGUCCGGCUCCGGGUCUCUGACUGGACUGGCCAGCUGGAGCAGGACAGCUAAACGAGCUUUAGCUCUGCUGGCGGACCGAGAGAAGCGGAGAAGCGGACUCAGACUGAGCCGGAGAGCUGGUGAACUAUGCUGGCCGGACUCUCAGAGGUCGAACCUGUCCGGCUGUUGCGCCUCAGGACGUCGUUUUGGCGGAAACGUUGACGGUUAACGUAGGUUGACCUAGCUAACCCAGCUAGCCUAACAUUAGCCUGCCUCGCACCAGAAGUUGAGAAACUGAAACCGAACUCGGUGAAACAGCCGCAGAGUGGCUCAGGAUUCAGAACUUAAUAUCCCUGCUUCUUUUUGGACUCUCGGAGGCAUAAAACGGUAAGAAAAGUCGCUGCUACUGGUUGAUUUCGCCGCUGUGAACGUUGGACACUUCAGGGAACGACGCUACUCUAACUACAAGUCCGGACUUGCAGACUCGGUCUUGCGUACUCGGAGGCUCGCUAACUUCCCUGAAGUGCCUUCUCGGAGCUAAAACUCCCUAAAGUCGUCUCAAGGUGAUCCCGGGAAGAGCUGCUGUACCUUGUGCAGUGUUUAUUUGACGGUGAAAUACGGGUUUGCAGCUUUACAGGAGCACACUGUGAAAGACGCCAAGGGAGAAAAACGUCACCGCUGCCCUCAUUUACCUCAUCGAAGCGAAGUUUUUCCUUGUUUGGAGCAGCAGCCGUGUGUUGUUGAUAGCCGACACAGUUCUGCGCAGAGCUCCAGCUUCCUGGUGUUGGACGUGAUCAAUCUCCAGUGAAGAAUGAGGCUGGGAUUGAACUGACAGCCAUGGGAGGAUGUGUGGGGAGAGAACGGCAGGAGUCCCGCGGGCAGGGAUCGUCUCGAGGGGGAAGGAAUCAGAGAAAACGGGGAGCCCGUAACGAACCCUUGAAGAAGGACAGGCCCCGGUGGAAGAGUGACUACCCCAUGACGGAGGGUCAGCUCCGCAGUAAGAGGGAUGAGUUCUGGGACACCGCUCCUGCGUUUGAAGGCCGGAAGGAGAUUUGGGAUGCCCUGAAAGCGGCUGCUGUCGCGCUGGAGUGCAAUGACCAUGAUCUGGCUCAGGCUAUAGUAGAUGGAGCCAGUAUCACACUGCCACACGGGUCUCUGACUGAGUGCUAUGACGAGCUCGGCAACCGUUACCAGCUGCCCGUCUACUGCCUGGCUCCACCCGUCAACCUGAUCACCGAGCGCUGCGAUGAGGACCCGGUGGAGAAUGCGGAACCUCAGACGGCCUCCAAGAAGGAGUUCCAGCUGAAGGUCCGCCUCUCUACGGGCAAAGACCUGCGGCUGAACGCCAGCAUGGCCGACCCCAUCGGCCUGCUGAAGAAGCAGCUCCAGGCCCAGGAGGGCAUCGAAGUGGCCCACCAGCGUUGGUUCUUCUCAGGCAAGCUCCUCACGGACAAGACGCGCCUGCAGGACACCAAAAUCCAGAAGGACUUCGUCAUCCAGGUCAUCGUGAACCAGCCGACGCCACCCAACCACUAAAACGAGCCAGACUCUGAGCUCCGGACCAAAUCGAAAUAGCUGUGGACGUUUCUUGCACAAGAUGUGUGGCUGUUUUUUUUAUUUCUAUUUUUCUCCUCAUUUUUUAAAGAAAUAAAAAAGACAUUGCAGGGGAUUUCCACCAAAGUUGCACCAUAAUUCACAUGGUUCAGUGUGGUUCAGAUGGUUCAGAUGUCUUUACAGUGGUGGUGAUAGGAACCAGGGGUCGCCAUGACUACAACACAGAUAUAGGCAUUUUAUUUACCAUCAAGAACCACCAGAGAACCUACACGAGUCUUCGGCGUUUAUAUGGAAUGUUGACGAUGGUGUUUUAUCUUUUUACUGCGUGAAACUUUCUGUGCUUUUAGAGGUGGACGUCUGGUUCCUAUCACCACCACUGUGAGACAUUUUGACCCUGGAGCAGAGAAUUUCAAACCAAACCGCUCUGAAUGACUUUCUUCACGUCUCUACAGUUGAAUUAUGCAGAAAAUCUGAAAAAUCAGUGGAAUUCCCCUUUUAACAAGAAACAAAGCAAUGCUGCAUUUAUUGCUUGUCAAACAGUCUCAUUAGAGAAAUGACGUUGCUGGUUUCUGAUUAAAAACAGUGAGCUGGCUCUUUCACUAGUGUGAACUCUCAGUAGAACCCAGUGAAAGUGAAUCCGCCACCUGGAAAGCCCCGCUGACGAAAAAAUCGCCCUAAUGAAAAGCUUUUUAAGUGCCAAUAUGAGGAACAGCUUCGGAAGGAAAAAGCACAUAAUCUCUUGACUAUGCAUCGUCUGGAAAAGCCUAAUGUUUGGAGGAUCAGGGCGACCCGUACCUCAGCGGUCCUGCUCCGGAAUGGAUCUCAAGGGGUUUUGAUUAUUGUUUUUUCUUUCUAUUAAUUCUUUAAGAACAUGAUAAUCUCCCGUGAGCUUCAUUUGCACACUUGAAUAUACGUACAAGCUUCUAUACGUAUUGUGCGCCUUUAUAGGAGAGACGACUUCUCAGCUGAUUGUUGUUUCUUGAUGUAUGUUUUGAGGUCUGUCUGUCCAGCAUUUUCAACAUGCCAUCUGUCUCUUUGUAGCGGCUGGACCCACAAAGAUAUUGUCGUCUUGGUCGACAGAUCGUCCCACUUGUGUAAUACCUGAAAUUCUGUGUUAACACAGAAUUUCACAACUUGACUAUGCAAUUUACGUUUGGGUCGUAUUUCAGUUUUAGUGCCCUCAGUCUGUGUAGAUGCCUCCACUGUCCUUACUGACCUCACAGAAGUGGUUCAUUGUGGGUGACGGACGACGAAGCAGGCCUACUGUACUUCCAGGUUUGAAUCCGAUCCAGAACACUCAAUAAAAGGAAGAUCUGCGUAAGGGUUCCUUGCGGCUCAGUCUGACAAAUCUUGGGUUAAGCGUUCUAGAUUUAUGAUCUUGUCUUGUACGUUUGGCUGCCUCCCAGUGGACUUUUACCACUGUAGCAGGAUAAAAUAAAGAUUUUCCUUCAUUUA